UCCGUUUCGUGGAUUUGCUGGUCGGUUCUUUAUUCUGCCAGCAAAUCAGGUUCAGCAGCAGUACACCGACCGAUUCCUGCCAAUCUUCACUAUAAACUUAAAUUUUUAGUUUUUCGCUAAUAAAAUUAAAAAAAAGACCAUUAGAAAACUUCCCAUGAAUAAAAUCACCGAUUGAAUUAUUAUUGAACGGAAGUGUGGUGUGUGGUUUGUUGGCUCAAGUAGGAGAUUGAUAGGUUGGACCGACUCUGACAUUCCACAUCACCAAUAAAAUAAAUACCACUCAAUUUGGCAGAGAUUUGAGGGAUUUGUCAGAUCAUCAUCAUCAUCACCAUCAUCAUCCACUACAGAGUGAUUUAAUAAUAAUUCAUAAUCAACAAGAACAAAACGUAGCCAUAUGCUCAUCAUCAUACGUAGUCAUCAAUCACCACUUUAAUUGCGGCCGGUGGGAUGGAGUUAUCAUCAUCAGAAUGAAAAAGUCUUGGGAAAAGGAACACGACAAAAGGACGCCUGUUGUUGGAGCGAGCGAGGAAUUUCAAAUUUAGAUUCAACGUAGUGACAAAACCUUCUUGGGACUUGUAUGCAAAUUGGAUAAUCAAAUCGCAGUUAAAAUUUGCAAAAAUGUAGUUUUGGGUAAAAUGUAAAAGAGCCGGUUACUUUGCGAAAUAUUCUUACUUAUUGCGUUUUAUAUAAUCUUCGGUGUUUAAAACAAUAAGAUUUUAGUUUGUGCCAAAUAUUUAAAAUAUUUGAAAAUUAGUAUAUAGUUUUUUUUUCUGGAAGAGACCAGUCUUUAGAUCUGAACGAAUUUACCGAAUGUCCCUACUGAGUUCUUAUUCAAUAUUUAUUUAUUUUAUUUGUCUAUUUACGUAACAGAUUUAGUAGUUAUAUUUUUAUGUAAUUCAAAUCGUCUGAGAAUUGUUAACAAGGUUGCAAGAGUUAAAAAAUUAUAUGGUCAACUCCAUAUCGAAAAGUUAUUUAGAGUUACACCUCAGUUAGUUCAUAGUUUAAGUAUCUUGCCAGCUUAUCUCAUCUUCACAAUCGCCAUAAUGACUAGAAAAAUUACAAAUCGUCAUCUCGUCGUCCUAGGACUUUUAGUCUUCGUUGGUAUCGUUGGACAUACUAGUGCUAUAGCGUCAGGAAUUGACGGAAGUGAUGUCGAAGUUGCGAACAAGAAGGAGUUUGAAGAUUUCGACUUGAAUACUCCACCCCCGGUGAGUCGUGGUCAUGGUCAUGCAGCUGAGAAGCAUGGGAAUGGAGCUGCUGCUGCGGCUGGUGCUGAUGGACAAAUACUGGAAUUGGGAUUUAUUCACGCAUUUAUCGCCUCCCUCUCGGUUAUUGUCGUGUCUGAAUUGGGCGAUAAGACUUUCUUCAUUGCUGCGAUCAUGGCGAUGCGGCAUCCAAGAGUUAUCGUUUUCGCCGGUGCAAUCGGAGCUCUAGCUUUAAUGACUAUUUUGUCAGCCCUGUUUGGCUUCAUUACAACCGUGAUACCUCGAUUCAUUACGUAUUACAUUUCCACUGUCCUUUUCGCCGUUUUCGGAUUUAAGAUGCUGUACGAUGGGUGCAAAAUGUCUCCUGAUGAGGGUCAAGAAGAAUUGGAAGAAGUUCAGGCUGAGAUCAAAUCAAAGGAUGAUGAUGUCGAAAGUCAAACCCAGUUAAACGAUAUUAGUGGCGAACGUUAUAAACUACCCGCAGCCUUACGUCGUAUACUCUUUGCUUGUUUUUCACGGGUAUUUUUACAAGCAUUCACCAUGACGUUCAUGGCUGAAUGGGGAGACAGAUCUCAACUAGCGACAAUCAUCCUUGCUGCGAGAGAGGAUAUACCAGGAGUUUGCAUUGGUGGAAUCUUGGGUCAUUCUCUUUGUACUGGACUUGCAGUCUUGGGUGGACGAAUGAUCGCUCAGAAAAUUUCGGUCCGUACAGUCACAAUAAUUGGAGGAUUCGUUUUCUUAUUAUUUGCUGUUACGUCAAUUUUUUUAAAUGAAAUCAGCUAAAUCUAAGAUUUGUACCUGUGAUGGUGAGUCAAUUAAUAAUGCACUAGUUUAGAAGUUUAAUAAGUGUAAAUCGUGUGUUAAAAUUUAAAUUUAAAUCGUCUAAAAAGAGUAAAAAAUAACAAAGAAAAAUAUUUAUUUUAAAAUUA